AACGUAGAAGUGACAGGUGAGUAUCUCUAUCAAAAUCCCAACGGUAACUGGAAAAAUCGCAGCAAGCGAUUCGAUUUUCCUAAAACGUAUGAGAGAGAGACUAAAUGAAGCUUAAAGAUUCCUCUCUCCAUGGCUGCUUCUAGGGUUACUUCCACUAUCGUGAUGAAGCUUCAACAUCGCCUAUCCUUCUGGUGGUUUUCGUUGCUUUUUACGGCGGCGAUAGCGACCGAAACACCAAAAGUUUCUCCGAUCACUCGUAUCGCUUUCGGAUCAUGCGCUAAUCAAAGCGCUCCACAGCCGAUUUGGGAUGCGAUAAACAAGUUUGAUCCACAAUUGUUCAUUUGGCUGGGUGAUAACAUAUAUGGAGAUAUAAGAAAACCGAAUAGAGUGUUUGGGAAAGAGAGAACCAUUGGGCCAUGGAGGAAUUCUCCGAGGUUUGUGCCUUCUUCAGAGGAAGAAAUGAAAUUAAGAUACGCAAGAGCCAAGGCUAAUCCUGGUUACUCUCGUCUCCAGAGAAAAGCUAGAAUUGUUGGUACUUGGGAUGACCAUGAUUACGGGUUGAAUGAUGCUGGAAAAGAGUUUGAUCGUAAAGUCAUUAACCAAAAACUCAUGCUUGAUUUCUUGGAUGAGCCUCUUGAUAGCCCAAGGAGAAAGCAAGCUGGAGUUUAUGCGUCUUACAUGUUUGGUCCACCUAACCGGAGAGUCAAGGUUAUAGUUUUAGAUACCAGAUAUCAUAGAGACCCUAUCCGAAGUGACGGGAGUAUCUUGGGUGAUGCGCAGUGGAGAUGGCUCGAAGAAGAGUUGAGAGGUCCGCGCAGCGAAAUUACUAUCGUAGGAUCGUCUGUUCAGGUAAUAUCAAAUCUUUCGGCAACCACUGGACCGCUCUUUUAUAUGGAAUCAUGGGGCCGUUUUCCAAAAGAAAGGAAACGUUUUUUCCAACUGAUAGAAGAUACCAAGAGAAAUGGAGUUGUAUUCAUCAGUGGAGAUGUUCAUUUUGGAGAGAUUACGAGAUACGAUUGUGCUGUUGGGUACCCAUUAUAUGAUGUCACCUCCAGUGGCCUUGUACAAUCUGUUGAGAAAGUUUUUCCUCGUCCCUUGCGUUUCAUCGUUAGGCUUCUGUUUUGGUAUACUCCAAGCACGAUGAGAGUUAUCAAUGAAAACUGCAAAUAUAGAUCAUGCACAUAUGGACAACAAAAUUUUGGAGCAAUAUCGAUAGAUUGGAAUGCAAAUCCGGCAACUAUAAGGCUUGAGGUCAGAGAUGUUAACGGACUCACAGCACUAAGCACAAAUGUUUCACUAUCCGAACUUCAACCACGAGGCUCAAAGCCCUUGACAGAUUCAACCAGGAAGGGAAAGUCCCAACCAUAUUGCACCCUCGAAGUUGAAUUACCAGGAACAACCAGAUACCGAUUGGCAGUUCUCAUCUACUUCACCAUUGCUGUCUUGGCAAUGGCGUUAGUAGGACUGAUCAUUGGAGCUGUACUGACUAUUACAGCAUGCGUUUAUAAAUGCAAGCUCGACUGAAUCUUGGAUUUUGUUCCGGUAAAUGACUUUGCUCUUUAAUGACAUUUUGAUCCAACAAAAAGUAUCUAUAAUUAAUUUUAAGAUUUUGAAUUCGUAUAGGCUAUUAGCUUUAGUAUAUUGGUGAUUACUAAACAGUCGUUAAAUAGUAUGAACACAUUGCUAUUGAUAUUAAGAUGGGAAUUCAAA